AUGGCAUCCUCCGGCAAAGUAGUGGCAAUCACCGGCGGUGCUUCCGGUAUUGGUCUUGAGACGGCGAAGCUUUUGGCCUCUCACGGUGCUAAGUUAUCGAUCUGUGACCUCCAGCAGAGAGCUCUCGAGGAAGCAAAACGAGAGGUCACGAAGUCGGGUGGCGACGUCAUGGUGACUGCAUUGGAUGUCCGCGAGCGCACAGCGGUUGAGGCUUGGAUCAAGGACACAGUGCAGAAAUACGGCAAGAUAGAUGGCGCAGUGAAUGCAGCCGGGGUCGGCGGAAGAGCCAUGUUGAUUGAGACUAUCGAUCAGAUAAGCGAUGAUGAUUUUGAUUUGGUCUGGGAUGUCAACGUCAAGGGAAUGCUGCAUUCUCUUCGCGCGGAAAUUCCCGCUAUGAACGAUGGUGGCUCAAUCGUGAAUAUUGCAAGCCUGGCGGGUCUGACUGGUGGGCCCAAAACAGCUGCGUAUACCGCGUCGAAGCAUGCUGUUGUGGGCUUGUCAAGAGUGGCUACUAAAGAGUUGGGCGCACGGAAUAUUCGAGUCAACUGUGUUUGUCCAGGUCCUAUCGAAACGCCAUUGUUGGCGUCGACAUCUGCGCCCGAUCCUUCGGUUCCUGAGAUGUACAAGAAACUCUCGCCGCUGGGGAGAAAUGGUAAGCCUAAAGAGGUAGCUGCGCUUAUUGAAUGGCUGUUGUCCGAGGGCGCUUCGUUCGUGAAUGGAACCACUCAAGUUAUCGACGGUGGUGUCUAUUGCCACUAA